AUGGCAGGCUCACAGCUCAAACAGCUUAAAUCGGCCCUCAGGGAAAAGGGCCUCCUAGGGCAAACAAACACAAAAAAAUCGAAAAAGUCAAAGACGAGCAGACGCAACGAAGUAGAUAGAGACUUGCAGAAACAGAAUCUUUUCAACGUGCGAUCAGAGUUUAAUAAAUUUGACCAGCGAAUCAAUAGAUCCAAGCAUGACGUUUCCAUUACUGCAGGUAAAGAAUUUGUCAAGGUCGGGUCAAAACAACAUAAUGACGCCACUGCGAAAAAGGGCGCCAUGCAAAAGCAAAUGAAACUGCAGUAUGAUUUAGAGAAACGCAAAAAGGGCCGCACGGGAGGCAUUUUGGAUAAGAGAUUUGGUGAGAAUGACGUUGGGUUAUCUCAAGAGGAGAAAAUGUUGGCGAGGUUCACUAGGGAAAGACAAGCUGCUACUGCAAAUACGCGAGGCAAGAAAAGAGGUCUCUAUUCAUUAGAAAGCGAGGAAGAAGAAGAAGAUGAUGAUGAAGAUGAUGAUGAUAAUAAUGGAGGGUUUCAAUUGACUCAUAGUGGCCAUGCGUUAUCUUUCGAUGACGAGAACACAAUCAACUAUGUCGAUGAAGAUAGGCUCGUUCGUGGAGGAGAAGAACAAGGAGAUGCAGCACAGGAACCACAGCGGAAAAAGAGCAAGAAUGAAGUGAUGAAGGAGAUUAUCGCCAAGUCCAAAUUUUACAAGCAGCAAAGACAGCAGACUUUUGCCAAGACGCAGGAUCAAAUUGAUGAAUUGGAUGAGGACUUUGGCGACGUCAUGGACGAUUUGAGAGGUGUUCAACAAUCCUCGGCACCAGGGAUGAAUAAGAAAACUCCAGAGGACAGGGAGUAUGAUAGCAGGGUCAGAGAGUUGACUUAUGAUAGAAGAGCAGUCCCUGCAGACAGGACAAAAACAGAAGAGGAAUUGCAUCGCGAGCACGAAGAAAAAAGGCAGAAACUAGAACAAGAUAGGUUGAGACGAAUGGAAGGGUUUGUCAGUGCGAGGGCUGCAGAAGGCGAUGAUUUAGAUGAAAAUGAUGACGACGUGAAUGGUUUUUGGGGUGGCGAUAGUGAAAAUGAGGAGGACGGGUUUAGGAUAAAGGGAGAUGGCGAUGAGGAAGAGGAAGAAGAGGGAGAAGAAGAAGAAGAUGAUGAUGAUGAUGACGAGGGAAAAGAGGAGAGUGAAGGGGUUUCUAAUCGCAAGCCAGUUUCCCGGAAAUCCGCUCCUGUUGUCAUGCCUUUAAAUGUGGAGGAUUUCAUUCAACAAGUAUCCUCACUAAACCCUGAAAAACAAGCUCAACAUGUGCAAAAGAUUUGCGAUGCCUACAAGCCCAACCUAGCGAUGGGCAACAAGGAAAAAAUGAACCAAUUCGUGAGCAUAAUCUUUGAAUACGCGCUUCAUUUGGCUAACAAGUUUGAACCCUUGCAGCCGAUAUUGACCGUUUUGAAAAGACUCAGCUCGACAUAUAACGAGCAAUUGGUGGAGACAAUGAGGCAGUAUAUUGGUGAUAUCGAAUCGCGAGUCGAGUCAACAACGCUGGCAAAAUUGCAGCCCUCGGACUUGACUUUUUUCGUCAUUGUUGCAUUUUUAUUUUCAACUUCGGAUCAUUACCACUUGAUAGUGACCCCGUCUUUGAUCUUGAUGAAUCAAAUUUUGAGUAAUGUGAUUUACAGAAGCAAAGAUGAUUUGAAAGCAUUAGCCCAGGGGGUGUUUUUGACGGACGUUUUGCUCACGUACCAGAGGUUUGCCAAGAGGUUUGAUCCUGAAAUUGUCAAUUUUAUCGAAUUUGCAUUUUUGAGCUUGGUGCCGCAACCAGAACAAGUUGAUGUCAACAAGGUCUUGUCGAUGAGAAAUCCAAAUUCAAGCCUCAACUUGGUGAAGUCGGCCAAGUACCCUCCAGAGGAUCCCUCAAUCACCUCCAUAUCCCUUGAAGAAGUCUUUUCUGCAAGUGAGGCAAAUUCAGAAACACUCAAGGUCAAUUUGCUUUUGAAGCUCAUCACAAUCAUGGACAAGGCAGUGUCUUUAUGGAGAGACAAACCAUCACUCAUUGAAAUCCUCAGUUCUUUCCUCGUUUUGCUCAAACACCUCACCAAAUACACAGCGAUCACCACCCCAUACCUUGAAAAAUUCACCAAACUCUGCAAAGCAUCUGCAAACUCACGUAGACCGCUUGAGUUGCAACACCAUAAAGCCAUCGGUAUCGCCACCUAUGCCCCUAAAUUUGAAGAGAAUUUCAACCCCGACAAGAAAUCAUACGACCCCAACGCCGAGCGCCAACAGCUCGCAAAGGUCAAAGCCCAGCUUAAAAAGGAACAGAAAGCGGCCCUCAAGGAUAUCAGAUACGAAAACCGGUUUUUGGCAAGAGAACAAAUCGGCGAGAAGAAACAAAUGUACGAUGACUAUCACCGCAAGAUGGCUCACAUUUACAAUUCGAUUCAAAGUGAAGAAGGCAAGGAGCGCAAUGAUUACGAGCGGGAGAAGAAGCUGCGUAAGAAUCGAAAGUAG